UCUCGUGACUAUUUCCAAAAAUAGAUUGGAAAUGCAUGGCAUGAUACAAGCAGUAGUCCGGGAAAUCGGGAGGUGUCGUAAACUCAAAAUCAGUGAAGUCCCCGGAACAAGUUUUAAAUGUUUAUUGGGCACUGAUGAUAUCGAAGCCAUAGCUCUGGAUGCAUCUAUCUUAAAUCCAGAUAGCAUACUUUCUUCCCUCAGAUCUAUGUAUAAUCUUAGCUUCCUGAAGAUAUACUAUUCCGAUCUUGAAAAGCAUCAAAGGGCCCUUAAGUCUCUGCCUUAUGGACUUAAAAUUAUCCAUUGGGAAAAUUACCCUUUGCAAUCCUUACCACAAGAUUUUAAUACAAGCAACCUUGUUGAGCUCUAUAUGCCUUACAGCCAACUCCAAACACUUUGGGUAGGAACCAAAAGCCUCAAGAUGCUGAAGAGGAUCAACCUUAAAUAUUCUCAGAAUCUGCGUGAAGUUGAUCAACUUUCAGAAGCUCUAAACCUUGAAGAAAUAGAUCUUUGCGGAUGUAAAAACUUGCAAAGCUUCCCAGUCGUUCUGAAAUUACAAAAACUUCGAGUUGUUGAUCUCUCUGAUUGCACACAGAUCAAAAGUUUCCCUGAAUUUCCAUCUACUGUCGAAUUAAAAUUCGCGGGAUUAUCCAUUAAGUCCACCUUCUCUCAAGGCACACUCAUCGUUGAGAACUUACACGAAUUCUUAGACAAGCAGCGAAAGCCCCUUAUAGAAUUUCCUGACUAUGUCUUAGAUUUCCUGAAAAACUUCCGAAGUAAACAAGAAAGGGUAACCUAUCCAGAGGUGGUGGAAUCAUCACCUACGUUUAAAAGAAGGAUGUGUCAAACAGCACUCGAGAUGAGCCGAAGUCUUCAGCGGGGGUUGACUAACCUAAAUAGAGAAUAUGAUGGGUUCAAGAUCCGUCCAUUGGAGAAUUGGAUGUACACAAAGCUCAAGGGGGAUAGGUCCUAAACUCCUGUCACCUGCAAUCAGUUAAUAUUUCAAGCCUUUUUAUUGUUUCUUGUCACACACUCAUAUGAAAUCCAAAUUAAAGUGGUAACAGGUUAUGUUAACCUGUUAAUCAGUAAA